AUGGCUCUGUUUCCCCGCUUCCAGCUGUUCGAAAUUGAGGACAUGCCAUGGUGCCCGUCAUGGCUCCGAGAAUAUUCCCACCGGUCUCUUCACCAGAUGUGGAACACUGUCGGACCAGGUAAAAAAAGCUCCACCGCCGCCCAGGCUUGCGACAUCAUCCUGUCCAAGUUGCCCGUCAAGCCCAGCGCCUACACCUUCGUCGACGCUUGCGCGGGGGCCGGCGGCCCAACGCCCAUGCUAGAGAAGAACCUCAACGCGCUGGUACCUACGUCCGGCGGAAGGCCCGUCAAGUUCUUGUUGGCAGACUUGUAUCCUGAUUGGGCGGCGUGGAAGAAAAUCGCUUCGGCCUCCGAAAACAUUUCAUACACGGACAGGCCCAUCGACGCCACAACCGCCACCCGCUACGUCGACGACGAGACGCUUGAGUGCCGCCUCUUCAAUCUCUGUUUUCACCACUUCGACGACGGCCAGGCUGCCAAGAUCCUGAGGUCGUCCAUCAAGGGCUCUGAUGCGUUUGUGAUACUCGAGAUGACUCAGCGCAGCCUGCCUGCCUUGCUCAACACGUCCAUUGUUAUCCUGUCUCCCAUCAUCACGACCCUGUUGUGGUUUUGGUGGUCUCCCAUGCACGUUAUAUUCACCUACAUUAUUCCCAUAGUGCCCCUGUUCUUCGCCUGGGACGGCUAUGUCUCUUGCAUCCGCACAAGAUCCGGCAAAGAAAUCAGAGCCAUGGUCGCAGAGCAAGAGCAGCAAGGUCUAGACGUCAGCGACUGGACUUUUCAUUUCGGCCAGACCAAAGUUCUGCCGCCGUUUGGAAACUUGUACUGGUUCAUGGGGGUCAAGAAACGUAGCGAAGCGCACUCACAAUCUCAAUCCUGA